AUGGACGGCGCUCUUCCCCCACUGCACGCGCCCUUGUUGCUACGCGGCCCGCGCCUCCUGGACCGGGCUCAGUACCCCGCGAGGAGCCCGAAGUGCGCGCGCUGCAGGAACCACGGCGUCGUGUCGGCGCUCAAGGGCCACAAGCGCUUCUGCCGCUGGAGGGACUGCGCAUGCGCCAAGUGCGCGCUCAUCGCCGAGCGCCAGCGGGUCAUGGCAGCGCAGGUAGCGCUCCGGCGGCAACAAGCGCACGAGGAGAGUGAGGCGCGACAGAUGCAGCUCAUCUACCCGGGGUCAGGGCUCAUGGAGAGAAGGGUCACCCCGAGCAACACACCGGGGCUACACGCUGCUUUCACAACCGAGCACAGGAAGAACGGAGACGAACUGAAAAAAUACAUGUUUAACGGCUUCAUGGUCGGCUCUCACGUGCUCCCGGUGUCGCCUCCGGUGGCUAAGAUUGACCUCGGCCCUGAGGUCAGUCCCACAGAACCACUCCGGCUAAGUGGAAACCAGUCCCCCGCGUUUGACCAGCUGUCUGACCAUACUACAAGCCCUCGGUCUCUGUCUUCCUCAGAUCUGGAGUCGGGAAGCGAGUCGGAUAAACCGAAAGUCGAGGCGUCCGGAGACGUCACGAGGCCGGUUUCCUCCGGUAGAGAGCGCGAGCCUGCUGAGGUGCUGAUGAAAAUCUUCCCUCAUGUGAAGCAGGAUGUUCUGGAGGCAGCUCUGAGCGCGUGCACGGGGGACAUCGUGAAGGCGAUCGAAAUGCUGCUCGCCUCUAAAGACGAGCCGGACGCUGCGUUAACGGAGAACGCGUCGGCGGCACAGCGGCCUCACGCGCUCCAACUUCCCGCAUCAAAGUCGGCCUUCUCCCCGCUGCAGUCCAGUGCUGUGAAAUCUUUCGGAAGUGACGGCUUCUACGGGAUCGGUCCUUGUUUCGGGAUCAAUCCACUGCGUGUAGCGUAUUCCGGUUCCGGAGGCGCGUUACCGAGUUUCAUCUCUCCGUACCUGACAUCCGGACUGCUUCCCGCCGUGCCUCUGCGCGCGCCCGUCGAUUACCCGUUUCCCACCAUGAUCCGGGAUCUGGCCUAUCAGAGCAAAGACAAUCUCAACGCCACAUCUCUCUACCCAGGUCACCGGAAGUGAUUAAGACUCAUUAAGUUAAUUUUUGGUGUGUGUAUUUACAGUACUGAAUGUGGUGAUGCAGUUUUAUAUGCCUCCAGUUUCGUAGCCUAUACUGUAAAUUAACCUCUCUUGCCUUGAAAUGUCAGAUCCAGUUUAUUUUUGUACUUCUAGCUUUAUUUUUUUUAAGUAGCCUGACCUGUACAUAGCCUAUAUUUUCACAUUUUGUAAAUAAACACUCCACUUGGAGAAAAAAAAAACA